AUGUCUCGACAAUCUAUUCAUCCGGAGCGUCCGCUUUCCCUCACGGAGGAACUCGAGAAACUAGAGCAAUCUAUCACUUUGACGCUACAGGAGAUCGAUCAAAAUUUCAGCCAAGCGCAUCGUAUAGUUACAACGAGCAUUUUGCCCCUAGUCCAGCAGUACACCGAGCAUUCCCGCGAUGUCUGGGACGGUGCUAAGUUCUGGAAACAAUUCUUCGAAGCCAGCGCCAACGUGUCCUUGUCUGGAUAUGAAGAACGACCGAAUGACGAUGAAACGGUUCAAGAGCCCACGGCAACGGAAGAGGAACUUUCUGCGGACAUGACCCAAACCACGAGCCACGAAGACGAUCAGCCCUACGAUACUCCUAUAUCACAGCGCCACAAUAUUCCGCACGGCCAUGGAGAUGACCUUGAUCUGACCGCACUCGCUAUAUCCUCACACAGCACACCCCGGGCACCUUCUCAACAGCAUGACGACGACAUAACCAUAUCUUCCAUCGAGCAUUCAUCAUAUGAGAACCUGAGGCGGGAGAUCAACGAGGGAGAUGCACCUUUCAACAUGCCCGACUCAUCUGCACUUCCAUCGACCCCAGGCCGACAACCGUUCUUCCCACGCGGUGCCUCAUCUGAAACCCCCAUGUCAUCCCCCUUCAUGCCACCCGCGUCAGCCCGAUACCAAUCCGCAUCUCGAGACGACCGUUACCAAAAGCCUUCCGACCCAGUGCUACACCAAAUGCUUGACAAAACUUACCGUGUUCAAGCUACGCCGCUCGGCAAAGGAUACCAAAACUCAACCGGAGGACCCAACCGCUCCAAAUUCGCAAUCACCCCGAAUCAAGCUGCGUCAAGUUCGAGAUAUGCUUACAAUGAUUCACCGAUGUCCAGUCCCGAGCCAGAAGCGCCCCAGAUGCACUCGGAGAUAUUUUCUUCGCCCAUCAAAGGCGUGGAUACUCCUGGAACAAACCGCAAGCGACGCACAAGUAGCAACCGCAUGCGAGGCACUCCCAAGCCGGGUUUUAGUGUUUUGACCCCAGCGAAAAAGUCUGGUGGUAAUCGUGCCAUGUGGGAUAGUGACGAUGAUUUUGAUGAGGAUUUCGGGCCCAGUCCGCCCAAGACUAUGCAGUUUCACAUUCCUCAGAGUCGAUUGAUGCAGACACCUGCCAAGGAAGCUUCUAAACGUAUUGUGACAGAUCUACUAGCCACUGCUGGGGCAGGCGACAUUACUGACGACGAUGAGAGUCCGAGUGUAAUCCGGCGGAUGGAGCACUUGGACGACGACACCUUUUAA